CGAUCACAGCUGCAGCGAUCGAGUAGCAGACGAUACAGUAUGAGUGGUCCAAGCAGCGCUUUUGGGAAGCCUCUCAUCUUCCUCGGCACCAUCCUACUGCUGCAUUCGGCCUACUCAACCUAUGAGCACUCGUCCAUAUCCAAGAGUGUAGGAGUUGCUAAGCCGGUUGUCCCCCUCGAUAUCACGCUCGAGACGGUCCUGUCCCUCGUCGUACUCGUGAUGGGGAUCAUUCAGUCGUCGCAACCACUCAAAGAGAUCACAUGGGCAGCAGAGAUGGGGAAGAGGUCACUCGACGAGAUUGAUGCCAGGCCCAACUUUGCCACUUUCAAUCACAGAGGUCCGGCCAUGUUCGGCGGCGUGAAAAACUAGACACAAAAAGAGCAGAGGAUUGGUAUAGAGUAAUGACAUGAUGAGCUUGACAUCCAGAUUGG